CGCUCCUCAAACGCAAUGUCUUGUGGGAAAUGUAGGCGGAGACUUGACAGCAUGGAGGUCGCUGCAGAAACCCCACAUGGCUGUGAAAAUACCUCGGACACAGAGGAAGAAAGAGACUCGGAUAACGAUGUUGGACCUUCAAAGCUUGGCACUAAAGAAUAUUGGGAAGAUGCAUACCAAAAAGAGCUUGAGACGUUCAAAGAGAUUGGGGAUGUCGGGGAGAUAUGGUUUGGUGAGGAGAGCAUGAGCCGUGUGCUGAGAUGGAUGGACAAAGCUAAGAUCCCAGAAAAUGCUGCCAUUCUUGACAUUGGCACGGGAAAUGGAGCCUUUUUAGUUGAACUGGCCCAACAUGGAUACACGAAUCUGACUGGCAUAGAUUAUUCUCCAGCAUCUGUACAAUUGGCCAGAAAUGUUCUGCAGGCAGAGGACUUGACGGAUGUCACUGUAAAGGAGGUGGAUUUCCUCAACUGUGAAGGGGAGCUAAAGGGUUUUGAUGUCUGCAUCGACAAAGGAACAUUUGAUGCAAUAAGCUUAACCCCAGACAACGCCAAGGAGGGCAAAAAACUCUAUGUCCAAGCUGUAAAAGAUGUUCUUAAAGACAAAGGAUUCUUCGCUAUCACUUCUUGUAACUGGACAAAAGAGCAGCUGCUAGACAGAUUCAGUGAAGGAUUUGAGUUUGUACAGGAGCUGCCUACACCCAAUUUCCAAUUUGGAGGCAAGACAGGCAACACAGUGACAGCACUCAUCUUCAAGCGAGUACAUUGAUCACCCCAGAGAAUAUUUUGUAUUUUUUUGUACAAGACCUGAUUAUGUUGUAUUAAUUUUUUUAAGCUAUGUGUAACUGUGUGGGACAGGUUACUUGAAAUAAAUAAAUAACUUCUGU